AUGUCUCCAAUACUCUCAGCACAUAGUUGGAGAGCGUGGUGUAGUGAUCGCUGUCAAAAACAGAGUGACGGGAAGACUGAUCGAAAGGCGAAAGGUCUUCUUAUGCUAGCUAUGGCAGGCCAAGAUGUACCAAGCAGUAUAUCACAAUCAGAUCACAAUGGGUACUAUCAAAACUUCUUGGAAAGUAAGUUCAAGCUCAGUAAAUGGAAAUCCAAUCAUGUUGCAAUGAAGAGAAAAUCUACCACCAUUCUCGAACAUGAAUUAAGAAAAGUUACAUGUUCUGACGAUUGUUUGGAUAAACAGCAGCGAAAGAGUGGAUAUGACAGUGGUCUUGAAAAAUGGCAGCAAGGGAGUGUAAAUGACAAUGGACUUGAAAAAUGGCAGCGAGGGAGUGGAAAUGACAAUGGACUUGAAAAAUGGCAGCGAGGGAGUGGAUAUGACAGUGGUCUUGAAAAAUGGCAUCAAGGGAGUGGAAAUGACAGUGGACUUGAAAAAUGGCAGCGAGGGAGUGGAAAUGACAAUGGACUUGAAAAAUGGCAGCGAGGGAGUGGAAAUGACAGUGGACUUGAAAAAUGGCAGCGAGGGAGUGGAAAUGACAGUGGUCUUGAAAAAUGGCAGCGAGGGAGUGUGAAUGACAGUGGUCUUGAAAAAUGGCAGCGAGGGAGUGUAAAUGACAGUGGUCUUGAAAAAUGGCAGCGAGGGAGUGUAAAUGACAGUGGUCUUGAAAAAUGGCAGCGAGGGAGUGGAAAUGACAGUGGUCUUGAAAAAUGGCAGCGAGGGAGUGUAAAUGACAGUGGUCUUGAAAAAUGGCAGCGAGGGAGUGUAAAUGACAGUGGUCUUGAAAAAUGGCAGCGAGGGAAUGGAAAUGACAAUGGACUUGAAAAAUGGCAGCGAGGGAGUGGAUAUGACAAUGGUCCUCAGAAACAGCAGCUAGGAAGUGGGUAUGAAAAAGGUCUUGAAAAAUGGCAGCGAGGGAAUGGAAAUGACAAUGGACUUGAAAAAUGGCAGCGAGGGAGUGGAUAUGACAAUGGUCCUCAGAAACUGCAGCUAGGAAGUGGGUAUGAAAAAGGUCUUGACAAAUGGCAGCUGGGGAGUUUAAAUGGCAAUGGUCUUAAGAGAUGCCAGAAAAUUGAAAAUAGAAAUGGUCUUGAGAAUCAGCAACUAAGAGUUGGCCAUAGAAAUUACUCUAUUAAUAAACAGCAUCUGAAAAGUACAUGCAUGUAUGAGCAGGAUCAACAGCAGGAACAUAACAUCGAUUUAAGCCUGCAUUCGGGUAAAGACUUUCUAAAUGUAAUAAGACCAUCUUCUGGGAUUAUUAGUUCUGUUACAGAAAGACAUACUACAUGUAUGUAUACCCCACAAUUUCCAUAUGCAAAUUCUGCAUUUGCUCGUCGUGAAAUGCUGCAUGAGAAUCAAGUAAGGAAUACUGGUCCAGUGAACUUUGACCCAAGAAUACAAAAUCUGCCUCUUCUUCACCAAAAUGGAAUGUCAUCUCACUAUGUCCCAGACAAAUCUGAUGAAAACCCCAACCCUACUCGGGGCAAUAGCAAUGGAGUUCAUCAUUUAAACACCGACGCAGUGAAACUACGUCAUCAACCAAAGCAUCCAAAUGCUAGACCAUAUAGUCAACUAAAUCACCCAUAUCGCAGACCUCCCAGUUCGAAUCAUGGUUUCAAGCCACAUAGAGCCCCAAUUUACAUGCCAUUGGUGAACCAAAGAAUUCAAGUGCCUUCUUGGUGUCCUGUACCCUGGGCUAACUCCUUUAGCACCAGUCAGUUUCACUCACAACAUGAAAGGAGUAUUAAUUCAAAUCAGAAAUAUCAGGCAGAGGCGCAAAUAAAACAAUAUCCAAGAACUUUGGAUAUAGGGCAACCAAACAAAACUCCUAAUGUAAGUGCUGCUGGAUACUCCUCUAUAAUGCUCCCAGAGGAAGAUACAUACAAAUACACUCAUAAACAACUGACAGUACAUGAACACAUGAUAAAUACUGACAAGAAGCCAGCUGAUGAACAUCAGACCUCCCCUGUUACAGUGGAAAUUGCAUUACAGAGAACCAGGGCUAAGCUACAGCAAUUGCGGGAGUUAAAGAACCAAUCUUCUGGAAACUAUGAACGUUGCAAUAGUCUUGGGCAGAUACAAAUAAUUAAUGUAGUAAGCUUGAAACCUUAUCUUGGUGAAAUUGAUAAAAUGGAACUGAUGUCAUCAAAUGAUAACUUGAACACAACAAGCAGUUGUAAUACAGAUGCCUGUAAGUCCAGAAAUUCUCUUGUAGAUACAAUGCCCAAUGAAAGUGGUCAGUGUUUUUCUGACUUCAGUUCUGAUGCCAAUUCUUUAUCUUCUGUUGGAAGUUGUGCAACUUCUGACAAUGUAGCAACACAUAGUAACAGCCAUUUUGCUGAAAACUUGACUAUGCAGAAUAAUGAUGUAGCAACACUUAAUAGCAGUCAUCUCACUGGAAACUUGAUUACACAGAAUAGUGAUGUCGCAACACCUAAUAGCAGUCAUCUCACUGGAAACUUGAUUACGCAGAACAUUGAUGUUGCAACACCUAAUAGCAGUCAUCUCACUGGAAACUUGAUCACGCAGAAUAAUGAUGUGGCAACACCUAAUAGCAGUCAUCUCACUGGAAACUUGAUCACGCAGAGUAAUGAUGUAGCAACACUUAAUAGCAGUCAUCUCACUGGAAACUUGAUCACGCAGAUUAACGAUGUAGCAACACCUAAUAGCAGUCAUCUCACUGGAAACUUGACUAUGCAGAAAAACAAUGUGGCAACACCUAAUAGCAGUCAUCUCACUGGAAACUUUAUUACAAGAACUGACAAUGUAGCAACACAUAGUAACAGCCAUUUUGCUGAAAACUUGACUAUGCAGAAUAAUGAUGUAGCAACACUUAAUAGCAGUCAUCUCACAGGAAACUUGAUCACGCAGAAUAACGAUGUAGCAACACCUAAUAGCAGUCAUCUCACAGGAAACUUGAUCAUGCAGAAUAACGAUGUAGCAACACCUAAUAGCAGUCAUCUCACAGGAAACUUUAUUACACAGAAUAACGAUGUAGCAACACCUAAUAGGAGUCAUCUCACUGGAAACUUGAUCACGCAGAGUAACGAUGUGGCAACAUGUGAUAGCAGUCAUCUCACAGGAAACUUGAUCACGCAGAAUAACGAUGUAGCAACACCUAAUAGCAGUCAUCUCAUAGGAAACUUUAUUACACAGAAUAACGAUGUGGCAACCUGUGAUAGCAGUCAUCUCACAGGAAACUUGAUCACGCAGAAUAACGAUGUAGCAACACCUAAUAGCAGUCAUCUCACUGGAAACUUGAUCACGCAGAGUAACGAUGUGGCAACAUGUGAUAGCAGUCAUCUCACUGGAAACUUGACUAUGCAGAAAAACAAUGUAGCAACACCUAAUAGCAGUCAUCUCACAGGAAACUUGAUCACGCAGACUAACGAUGUGGCAACCUGUGAUAGCCGUUUCUCGGAUCUAGGUCAAAAUGCCAAACUGAAUACAAGGGAUUUCAAACCAUUUGAACAAUUACCAAUCAAAAAAGAGUUUAUUGAAGUGACUGGUAGCAGUGAUAAUAAGAACAAUGAAUCUAUGGAUAUUUUAAUUACAAAUAUUGUAUCCUGUGAAAUGGUACCUGCUGAAUUCACUGUGAAAGAGAAGUUGAAUUAUGAGUCGUAUAUUAAGACUCAUGGUCAAGAAAGUCUGAGUGAUGAAUCAUUAAUAACAGUAAGUAGCCCUUUGCAUAUGACCAACGAAAAGUGUAAUAAUAAAGUGGAACCUAAAGAAAUGAGUCAUUUGGCCAACUCUGAUGAAACCUUUAAUGAGAUUAGAGCAGUGCAGAUCACAGAAGAAGAGUUUAGUAAAAUAGGCAGCGUGGAGGAUUCUACAGAGAGAAAUCUGUUUGCCAACCCUGGUGAAACUUUUAGUGAGAUUAAAGCAGUACAUAUCACAGAAGAAGAAUUUAACAGAAUGGGCAGUGUACACCCAGUAUGUGAUGGAUUGGAACUGAAUGUGUUAAACUCUGAUAAGUGUUCUAAGGAGAAUAGCACAUCACCAGCACAAGGGCAUUUUGAAGAAUUUGGCCAGCUAACUGUUAGAAUGAACUUUAUUGAACAAUUUGAUGGCAAAAGUGAAAUGCCAGUAUUAACACCAGAGUUGUCAGUUUUCAACUGUAAAUACGACACAUCAGUAGAUUCAACUGAUAUGCCAAUACUAGAGUGUGAAAUGCUUGAUUCAGUUGGCUCCUCUAACACUACAAGUUUAGUAGAACCACAUGGUUCUAAAUUAGUAUUAGAUGGACCAUCAGUGGUAAGCACAACUGGAAAGGAAGAAUCAAACAUAGUGGAAGCGUCCAUGGUAGGUGAAUCCUCCCAAGAAUCUAGUCACAAAGUUGAUGCUGGACCAGCCACACUGCAGUAUAUGAAUUGUGAAACUAAACAUAACUCUCCUUUGCAAGGAGUGAGUACCGGUACUUGUCUUGCCAUUGAACCUUGUGAAUCAGCUCAACACUCUGAUAAUGAUUGUACCAAUAAAUCUAGUGAUCUGGAGAUUGCAGCCACUUGCCAUGAACAACACAGGUUCAAAGAUGUUACAGUCACUGAUUACAAUCACAAUCUAUCUAACAAAGAUACAGUUCUUGUGCUAUCAGUGGAAGAAAGUAAUUCGCAAAAGCCAAGCAUGGAUAAAUCCCAUUCUUAUGUCAAAGAUUUCCCUUCAAAACAAGAAUUUAUGAAAAGUUUUGUUGUGCAAGAUUUAUCAAAACUCAACCGAACUGAAUCUGUGGCUGAAUAUUUGAGUUCAGGAAAAAACAAUUCCAUUUUACCACUACUACAUUUCCCAAUCUCUACUCAUGUGAAGUGGAAGAAAAUUUCAGUGCUAAAUAAGAUGCAUAUACUUCCAUGCAUUCUGUAUGGGAAUCAAACCUAUUGUUUGCAAAAACUGAUCAUAGAUGUCUUCUUUUCAUAUGUGGCCUCAAAUCCUCAUAAUCUGUUCAACCUAUUUGUUAAAUGUCUCAAAAUCCAUGAAGGAAUUUAUGCAGAAGGCAGUCAGGCAAUAUAUUGUGAAUUAUUACCAGCGUCUUAUCGCAAGCACAAAGAUGUCAUCAAUGUUGGAGACGUAGAACAGCAUGCACUACUUUUAUCUCACCUCUGUAAUCCUAAUACAUGUAUCCCAAGAUGUUUACGAAACUUUGAAAUUCCAAGCAUUGAACGUGGUGGGAUUAUUAUGAUGCCUACCUUAUUAGUCAAGCAGACUGCAUUUCCUGAAGUGAAAGUUCGUACAUUCAGGGCUUCUCUCCAUGGUCUAGGUGUUCUUGAACGAUCAAUGUCUCUGCAUGAACAACAAUAUUUGCAAGCUGUAGCAUGUUCAAAUGUUGGUACCAAAUUGGUCCCUCUUUUAGAUGUAUUGAUACACUUUGAUGAAUUGACUGCCAUGUAG